AUGAAUGAUCGAUGGCCCGAUUCAUUAUCUAAUAUUGUUCCUUGUUGUCGAAAUAUUAAUUUACCAGUACGAUUAUCGAAAUUAAAUUCUCAUACUUCACUAAGAUGUUUCGAGAAACAAUUUAUUGAACAACUGCAUAGUAGGCAUGAGCCAAUGAUCUCAGUAGAAGAACAACGGCUAACGAGAAAAAUGAAUCUACCUAGUAUUCAAUGCAAAUCUAAUCAUACAGAUAAAUGUUAUGCAGAAUACAAUAUAAAUAGUUUUCGAAAAGGAUUCGGUCUAUUGAAAGAUAUUCGAUAUGAAAAAAUCGAACCUGGCAAACCAUCAUUAAUGAUUCAUUCAGGAAAUUUUCAAAAAAGUCAAAUUGAUAGUUUCACAGCUACUAAUCAUGCACUCAAGGAACUUGCUGAAAUAGAAUUAAGAAAGCGUUUUGCUCUUGUUUAUUCAGAAACAUGUAUCUAUAUUAUCGGAGGUUAUAUUUUCGAUCCUGAAAUUCCAAUAAGAAAAAAACCUUUAAAUGAUUAUAAAUAUGAUUUUCAAACACGUAAAUUAAUUUCUACUCAAGCAUUACCGAACGGAGCAAUGGGUGGAAGUGAUAUUUACAAUAGACCAUUAAGUGAUUGCUAUUUUUUAACUAUCAACCAUGCGAAUGAAACAUGGGCAAAACUGCCUAAUCUUCCAGCGCCUACAAGUGGACCCGGACUUGGUGCAUACAAUGGUGUAUUACAUUGUAUUGGAGGGUUUGAUAUACUUGCUAGUCAAUCUAUUGCUCAUGGUGAAUAUCUUAUGCUUGAUUACCGACAAGACAAACAAUGGCAAUAUGGGCCUGAAUUAAGUGUAAUUCGUGUUCGUCCUAUAGUUUUUAUUGAUACAAAUUCUUCCAUUAAUAACCAUAAUGUUUAUGUUGCUGGUGGUUUUAAUAUCAAUCCAAACAGUUACAAACCAUAUAUUGUACCUGAUCUACAACUAUUUAAUCGAGCCAUUCAAUCGUGGCAAUAUGUAACAACGAUUCCCGAUUUAGAAUUAACACAUGAAUUAUCAUUUGAACAUAACAAAUUGCAUGUCAGUGAAAUAAUUGAAGUAGCUGAUAAAAUACCAGAAACAAAUACUUUAUAUACUUUUGACCUUGAAAAACUUAUUUGGACAGAUACGAAAAAUAAUAUCGCUAAUAAUAGAAUACAAGAAAUUAAACAUCAGCAGAAUACUGAGAUCAAUAGAUCAAAUUUUUUGCCAACGCCGAAAACAGCAACAUUAGAGUUUGUUCUAUCAUUUGAACUUAGUUAUUCGUCAAGUCUUUGA